CAGUCGGUGCGGAAUGACAGCACGUCGACUGCCGUAAUUUUGGGUUUAAUAUCUAUUUUUACGUAUUUCGACAAUGUUGAAGUGACGAAUAUUUUAGAAAAAAGUUUUAGGAAUACAGUGAUAGUGUUGUCAGUACUUACCUAUUGAGUAAUUAGGAAGAAAUGGCACCAACGCGUGUUAUUCUGAUGUCAUGUGGUAGUUAUGAUCCCCCAACGAACAUGCACUUGCGAAUGUUUGAAAUCGCAAGAGAUCAUCUCCAUAGAAUGGGCACACAUGUCGUCGUGGGUGGCGUGAUUUCUCCUGUACACGAUUCUUAUUCAAGAAAAGAAUUAACUUCUUCGAAACAUAGAUUAGCAAUGCUAAACUUAGCUCUCGAAAAUAAUAACUGGAUUCGUCUCAGCUCGUGGGAAUGCAGACAAAAUGGGUGGACGCAAACCAGAAGAAGUCUUCAACAUCAUCAAAAUAUUUUAAAUUCUCUCUUGUUCGAAGUAAAUGAUGUCAAAAAUCAUUUCGAAACUGAUGAUUUAGACUGGAUACCAGAGAAUGUUAAAAACAACUCAGAUUCGACUCCGAUUGAAAUCAAAUUGCUCUGCGGGGCGGAUUUGUUGGAAACUUUUGCGAUUCCCGGCGUUUGGGCUGAAGAAGACAUCGAAGCAAUUGUUGGUCAACACGGUCUUGUCGUAAUAACAAGAGAAGGAUCCACUCCAAACAAAUUCAUCUAUGAUUCAGAUGUCCUUUCGAAACAUAUGUCUAAUAUAAUCAUCGUCACGGAGUGGAUUCCAAAUGAAAUCAGUUCUACCAGGAUUAGAAGAGCGUUAAAGCGGAACGAAAGUGUGAAAUAUUUGCUGCAGGAUUCUGUUAUCGACUAUAUUUACCAGCACGGAAUUUACGGUGCCAAAAGGAUGUCAUCCAUGAUUAUAAAUGGCUUGUCUAGGAUUCCAAAUGGAUUAUUCAGGAUUACACGUGGAUUAUCCAGGAUGACAUCGGAAUCAUUUCACUAACCUAGAUUCCAGGUGAAUUACUAGGAUUAACAGUAGAUUAUUCAGAAUUACUUGGACUACUCUGCAUCGAAACUGGAUUAAGGCGGAUAACAAGUGGAUUACCUUGUGAUACACGGAAAGUGAAUAGGAUUACAAGUGGAUUACUGCAAAUUACCAUUGGACUACUCGGUUUACACGGGAUUAUUCGGAGUGCAAGUGGAUUAAUGAGGAUUUAGAGUGGACCUUCGAUUUUGAAUUCCGAGUGUAUCGUCUAGGGUUAUCUGGGAUUACAAGUUGAUUUUCUAGUUUUACAAAUGGAUUACACAGGAUUAUAAGUGGAUUAUCCUGAAUUAUAAGUUAGUUUCGAUGGAUAACAAGUGCAUUACUAAGGGUUACAAGUGGAUGAAAAGAGGAAUCCCUAGGAUCCCGAUAAUACUUCCAAACAUAUUUUGUUUUGUUCUAUAAGAUUCAAGGCUUAUUCCACAUUU